CAGCUACGUGACCGACAUGAAGUUGAAUCUACCGUGAGUUUACCCGAGGCUAGCGGCGAAAAAAGAUGGCCCGGUUUGAGCGCAUUGACUCAAACUGUGGCCAUCAGGCACUGAGGACGGAUGGUGAAACAGGCCUAGUGAGUGGAUGCAACUUGAGAGAGAAGAAAAGGUCUGACAGAUACUUUUGGAUGGAUGUGGGGGGCCUGGAGGAACCAGCGUUGGAUUCUGAGGAAUGUGGCACCAAGGAACCAAAAUGCUCACUCAGCAAGAUGGGACAACAGCUUGGUAAUAGUGGAACUGAGCCUGAACUUAAUGCAGCAGAGUCCUCGGGCUUCCUGUCUGCCUAUCCAGUCUGUAUGUCACACGACAGAUGGGGAGAGAGAGGUGGAGGAGGGGAAGAGGCAAGUCCAAGCUCCAUGCUGGAGUACUCAGUAUAUCUAGAUGACCAGCACAACAUAGCAGACUGUACCAUUACCAGACCUGUCAGCCCUCCUGUCACUCCAGUAACCCACAGGCCUUGUCCGUUAAAAUCUGCUAAAGUUAAUCCAGCAGUAUCAAGCCCCGUGACUGACACCUGUAGUCCCUUUGAUUCCAUGUGCAGUCCCACUGGUUCAGCCUUGGACACUCUCAGAUCCACAUCCGAUAGUCCCAGCUGCUCUGAUAGGGGUCCUGUCAGUGCUGCAGCUCACCUACACCUCCUGGGGGAAUCCUUGUCCCUGAUUGGACACCAUCUUCAGGAGACAGAUAAAAUGGUGUCCAUGUCCAGCAGCUUGUCUCUGCUCUUGGACUCUCUGCUGUGUGCCCUGGCUCCUCUGAUCUGCCUCACUGCACAGAUACCAGAGCUCAGGAGCUGCACAGAACACACACUGGCCUCCACUCUGGAAAACAUUUCUUAUGUGAUGCCUGGGCUGUGAGUGAUGAUGAUGAAGAACCCACUGGCCAUACACAGCGUGUUCUGAUAUGCCAAAAGACACUUUAGGUUAGUUUACAUAUAGAUAAUAGUCAAAUAUAUUUUUGUUUGAAAAUAAUAUUUCAAUAAUAUAUUUUUUGAAUAUUUGAAUAUUUGUUUGCACUUUUAUUUUUGUGCUAAUUGCAAGUAUGUAAGUUUACUUGAAUAUAUCAGUUUAUUGGUUGGUUGAUUAAAAUAAAUAUUUAAACACUAAAGUAUGCAACUGUUCUUCAUUAGAAUUGGUACCAGUGCUUCACUAAUAAACAUUCUCUUAGCUUUCUACUUAAAUAUAAUGUGAAUAUCAUUUCCACAGCACCUAUGAUACAUGCAUCCUGGCUGAUGACACAUUUGACUGCGUAUUAACAGCAGACAGUCGAGAUGCAGAAGCCACUAGCCACAUGUGUGAUCGUCACAUUGACAAGCUCUUCCAAUAAACCAAGGACAA